UACUUUACCUCUCGUCGCCAUGCAGUCUGGAGUACAAGGUUCAUUCGACUAGGGCUUCAGGCUAUUGAUACCAAUUACAGCUACCUGUUGGAGGAGAUGUCGCCAGAUGAAGUAGUUCCACACCUGGUGCAACGAAGGCUGCUGACACAGCCACAAGGAGAAGAAGUUUGGGCGAAGAGCAGUCGACUAGAGAAAGUACAUAUAAUUGUAGAGGCACUCCGAGAGGCUAAGAAUAAAGUUGUUGGGAUGUUCCCAACAUUCUGUAUGGCUUUGGCUAAUGCAGGACAGUUACAUGUUUCAGAGAGACUCCGUAACAAGUUCCAGAGUGUCCUGAAGGGUGAGGCAGUCUCCCACCAACAAGAGGAAGAUGAAGUCAUGAUCUCUGGAGAGUCUAGUACCCAGUCCUCUCCUCUUCCUCCAGAUAGCCACCUCGUCACUCUUCAAUUGGAGGGUUCUACCCUCACAAGAGCACAGUACAACACCAUACACAGCCUCACCAGCUCCAUACUCCGUAUCCCCACUGGUGAUAUGGUGUAUGAUGGCCACACCCUCAAUCCUCUCACUCUUCACUGGCACUACUAUACUAUUUGUCGGUGGUUCAUUUUCCUGUCUUAUUACAAUGCAAUGGCACAGGAGGGUAUUAGAAAUAUGCUUGUGAAUGGAGAGGAGGUUAUCAUUCUUCAUUUAAAUGAGAUCGGUCUUUUCAAUGCUGCAUAUGAUGGAGAUAUAAAGUCAUUGGAUUGCGCU